AUGAGCGUGGCUGCGCAACACCAAUCUCUUCGGAAACAGCUGGUGACUUUUGACGCGCACGUUCCCAGAGUGAGCCGUAAGGGCGGCGGCAGAAGAUGUGUUUGCUUCACAUUUCAAAGAGAGGAAGGUGUGCUGCGGGAACGCUGCCGGCAUCAUCAAAAGCCACAGAGACUGCGGACUACAGGGGCACCUGCGUCCGGGCGCAGAGCUAGGGCGACGGGAAGCAGAGUACGCACCGGGCUUGUAGUUCCCUUUAUUGCAAACAGGAGGCGCAGAUGCUGGGUUUCAGUCCUAACCUCGACAGCACGGGGAUCGAAAUCGGAUCUGGCGCGGAUGUUGGGUUUUGUACUCGUGCGCAGGGCCGACCACAACGAAUGUCAACUCGCUUUUGCACCCGAGACAAGAAAAGUUGCCUCAUGCCCGCCAGCUCACAAUAACGACGGACGGGGUGCGGUCACGAACGCAACACCCCGACAUCUGCUCUAG